AUGAAUGUGGGGGUACAAAGUCGCAGCCAGGUUGGGGAUACAUCUUCGUUACUUGAAUCUAAUACACCAGUGAAGGAAUCAACAACUGUGCCAGAAGGUAUCGAACCGGAUGAUUAUAUGCGUUUUAAGAAAUUGGAAAAGCAACUUGAGCAUCUCGAAGUUAUGGAGGAUUACGUGAAACUCGAGACGAGAAAUUUGGAAAAAGAAUUACUUCAUGCUCAAGAAGAGGUAAAACGAAUUCAGUCAGUACCACUUGUUAUUGGGCAGUUUCUUGAAGCAGUCGAUCAGGACCAUGCAAUUGUUGGUUCUACAACAGGUUCUAACUAUUAUGUUCGUGUUCUUUCUAUCUUGGAUCGUGAACUUCUAAAACCCGGUUGCAGCGUUGCAUUACAUAAGUAUAGUAAUGCUUUGGUUGAUGUUCUUCCACCUGAAGCUGAUUCAACUAUUCAAAUGUUACGUGCUGAUGAAAAACCUGACGUAACUUAUGCGGAUAUUGGUGGUCUUGAUAUGCAAAAGCAAGAAGUUAGAGAGGCUGUCGAAUUGCCACUUACUCAUGGCGAACUAUAUCAACAGAUCGGCAUUGAUCCACCGCGUGGCGUACUUAUGUUUGGGCCUCCAGGAUGUGGGAAAACUAUGCUUGCAAAAGCAGUGGCUGCUCAUACAACUGCUUCGUUUAUUCGCGUAGUUGGCAGCGAAUUCGUUCAGAAAUAUCUUGGCGAAGGCCCCCGAAUGGUUCGUGACGUUUUCCGUUUGGCUAAGGAAAAUAGUCCUUCUAUUAUUUUUAUCGAUGAAAUUGAUGCGAUUGCUACUAAACGAUUUGAUGCACAAACUGGAGCGGACCGUGAAGUUCAAAGAAUCCUUUUAGAACUUUUAAAUCAGAUGGAUGGUUUCGAACAAAAUACCAAUGUAAAGGUUAUAAUGGCUACGAAUCGUCAUGAUACAUUGGAUCCAGCAUUGUUGAGACCUGGCCGUCUUGAUCGGAAAAUUGAAUUCCCAAUGCCAGAUCGUCGUCAAAAGCGUCUCAUUUUUUCUACAAUAACAGCUAAAAUGAAUUUGUCGGAUGAUGUUGAUAUAGAAGAUUUUGUAGCACGACCGGAUAAAAUUUCUGGAGCAGAUAUCAAUGCUAUGUGUCAAGAGGGCGGAAUGCAUGCCGUACGAGAAAAUCGCUAUAUUGUUUUAACAAAAGAUUUUGAUAAAGCUUAUAAAUCGGUUAUCAAAAAAGAACAACUCGACUUUGAAUUUUACAAAUAA